CGAAAAUUCAUAAAGACUAUACUAACACCGGAUCUAGAGGAGGGCCGGGCCGGGACCUGGGGUGGCCACCCCCUGAUCCGCCAGUGGUCCUAACUUGGAAUGAUGCUGGAGCUUUUGUGACUCGCCCAGAAGCUACAAUUACUGGAACUGAAAGCUCCGAGAGGAACACAACUGCGAGGUAAGGAUUCUACUACUGUUAUUAUUUAAUCCGAGCCUGAGUUUUAUGGAUUGGGACUUUCUUCUCUACAGGUUAGCAAGUAGUAGCCACUAACCACUGUUUCCCAAAAAGCAGUACUUCUUCUAAAUAUCUUUUACAUAUAGUCUUAUGAUCGAUGGUAUGGAUUUGGUUUCUAAAUCUGCUGGUUUUAUGUACUCUGUGGGACUCUUUUCCCCCAGUUGGGUCAGCUGGUUUUUGGGGCUCUGGUUUGACUUUCUUUUAUGGGGUUUGAUCCUGUACCAAGCUUUUCGUUGACCAAGGAAGACAUUAAUUAUGCUUUUCCCUGGUUCCCACUUACGAUGUUUUGCAUUGUGAAUGCAGAGUUCUUGCUGACAAGGAAAAAUGGAGAACAAGUGUGCCAUCAAGAAAGACAUCACUGAAUUGAUUGGAAAUACGCCGAUGGUUUAUCUCAAUAACAUAACCGAAGGUUGUGUAGCCCGAAUAGCUGCUAAGCUUGAGUGCCUGGAGCCUGCCUUCAGUGUUAAAGACAGAAUUGCACAUAGCAUGAUCAAAGAUGCAGAAGAGAAGGGUUUGAUCACACCCGGGAAGACCGUCCUCGUUGAGGUAACUAGUGGUAAUACCGGCAUUGCAUUAGCAGCAGUGGCAGCAGCAAAAGGCUACAAAGUCAUUGCUGUGAUGCCAACGGUUAAAAGUAUGGAGAGAAGAAUCUUGAUGCUAGCCCUUGGAGCAGAGUUGUGCCUCACCGAUUCAGCAAAGGGCUUUCAUGGCGUUAUGGAGAAGGCAGAGGAGUUACUGAAGGUCACACCUAAUAGCCAUAUGCUUGAUCAAUUUGUCAAUGAAUCUAAUCCACAGAUUCAUUAUGAAACAACUGGCCCAGAGAUAUGGAGAGACUCAGGUGGGAAAGUUGAUGUUCUAAUUGCCGGUAUAGGCACUGGCGGUACAGUCACGGGUGCUGGCAAAUUCCUCAAGGAGAAAAAUCCUGAGAUUAAGGUUUAUGGCAUAGAACCAGCAGAAAGUGCUUUCUUGAAUGGAGGAAAACCUGGUAAGCAUCAUAUUGAAGGCCUUGGUGCUGGGAUUGUGCCUGAUGUUCUGGAUGUACAGCUGCUUGACCAAGUCAUCCCAGUGUCGAGUGAGGAUGCCAUUGAAACUGCCAAGUUAAUUGCUCUUAAGGAGGGUUUGCUGGUUGGAAUCUCUUCAGGUGCCGUUACUGCUGCAGCUCUGAACCUCGCCAAGAUGUCUGAAAAUGCUGGAAAGCUCAUUGUGGUCAUCUUCGCUAGCGCAGGGGAACGGUACUUGUCCACCAAGCUAUUUGAUUCUGUAAGGCGCAAGGCAGAGAGCAUGACCUUCCAUUGAGCAAAAGAAGAACACGAACACAUACAGUUCCUUACAAGGAAACAUAAAUUUUAAAUUUUUACUCCUGGAACUUCUAUCGUUAAUACACAAGCCAACAACUUUCAUUGAGGGAUUGGAUUAAAGGGCCUGAUUAUGAAGUAUCUAAACAUCAUUGGCCCCUUGCAAGUUUCUGUGAGGCUGGCCUUGCCCAACAUCUAAACAUCAUCUGGCCCAUAAUUUAAGGCCCAUAAACCUUUUGACUAAAUUGGAUAGGGGCUGCGCGGACGCAAGCCCUUGCUGCCACAAAUUAUGACGUAGGCUCUCCUUCUAUGAGGGGACCUUAGCCCAGCACCCUUCCUAUAUGUGCAAUGGAAGUCACUGGCCUAGACCACAAGCCUUAUUGAUCGCCCGUUGAUCCCGUCCAGGUAAGUAUGUUGAACUGUUGCACUCAGCUUCCCUUUUAUAAUAUUUUCCCUUCUCAAAUUCACUCAUCCUCCUGUGUGGUAUAUUCGAUUAACCCGUUGUUUUUUUAACCUAAUCCACAUCAGCCACUGAUUAAAUGUUUGUGGCUUGA